AUGGCUCAGGCCAGCAUCUCGGUGACCGAGAGCCAGUUCAGGUGCCCCAUCUGCCUGGACAUCCUGAGAGACCCAGUGUCCACCCCUUGCGGACACACCUACUGCAUGGAGUGCAUCAACAACUACUGGGACCAGGCAGAGCCACCGGGACACCACAGCUGUCCGCAGUGUCGCGAGCCGCUCUGCCCCCGCCCGGUGCUGCGGAGGAACACGGUGCUCGCAGAGGUCGUCGAUAAACUCCGGCUGAGGGAGGGGGUCGGGCAGCAGCUCCACCUGGGAGGAUGCGGGGAGGUUCCGUGCGAGGAGGAGAGCAGGGUGCACGCGCAGGAAGCCAGAAGACAGCUCCAGCUCCAAGAGUCUCAGAGGAUACUUCAGGGGAGGAUCCGAACUGGAGAGCGAGAUCUAGAAGAACUUCAACAAACCCUAGAUUCCUUGAAGGUGUCAGCGUGUGCAGUCCUGGAGGACAGUGAAGCUCUGUUUGCUGACAUGGCACAACGCCUGGAGAAAACUAAAGCCGAGGUUCGAGUGAUGCUGGAGGCCAAGGAACGAGUGGUGGUCGGGAGAGCAGCUGCAGAUAUAGAGCUGCUGGAGAAAGACCUGGAGGAGCUGAGGAGGAGAGACGAGGAGAUCAGCCAGCUGCUGAAAACUGAGGACAGCACUCGUUUCUUACAAGCGGCCCCUCUGCUCUGCAUCCGUCUCACCUCUGAUCAGCACUCCAGAACCUUCAGACCGCCCACGGAGGCCUUCAGUGAUGCCAGAAAAGCGCUGUGCCAUCUCCGCAGCCGCCUGGAAGACGUCUGCAGGGAGGAGGUGGACAGGAUGGGCCAAGCUCUGUUGUGUGUAAAAGGUGGCCAGACUAUGGAGAACGCCAAACCUCAGCAACCUUUGGUACAACACAACAGUCGGGCAGUGCCAGUUUCGUUCCAUCUGUCCACUCUUUCCCUGCAACCGCCUGAUCAGAGGAUGAGAGCAACUUUGCUCAGAUUUUCAUGCCACUUGUCAUUGGACCCCGUUACAGCCUAUCCUACUCUUGUCCUUCUGGAAGGACCUCAGGGUGCUCAUUGUGGCGAGGAGGCUCAGCCUUACCCCCCUCACCCACACAGGUUUGACUCAGUGUCACAGGUCCUGUGCAGGGAGGGCCAGUUUGAGGGUACCAGGUACUGGGAGGUGGAGUGGAGAGGAGGCGGAUGGAUUGACAUCGGCGUCACAUCGCUGUCGAUCGGACGUAAAGGUGGCGGAAGGCCCUGCCUGCUCGGGCGCAACGAGAACUCUUGGAGGCUGAGGUGCACACAUGUUGGGUAUUCUGCUUGGCACGAUAACCUUAAGACCACCGUGGCGGCACCCCCCUGCCCAAGGAUUGGCGUGCUCCUUGAGCGUGAGAAAGGGACCUUAUCCUACUACAGUGUGUCGGACACCAUGGUGCUCCUGCACACAUUUAACUGCCAGUACUCUCAGCCCUUGUAUCCGGCUUUCCGUCUGGAUUUGGACUCGACCCUGCUCAUCUGCCCCCCUGAAGGAGGCAAUAGAACCUAACACCAUCACCCUCCCUAUUCUGUACCUUUUCUUG